UUCUCCGCCGCUGGAGAUCCGACGGUUAUUCUCACAAACCAUUAGUGAAUUCCGUGCCUGAAUCGGCGGUACCUUCCGGCCCAUGUGCCCCACCGAUGUAACGUCGCACGUCUUCUCUCUCACGCCCUUUGCGUACGUUGUCCUCCCUCCUUUUAUUUCCUUUAAAAAAAUACAGACAAGAUCCACCGUGCAGGAACUCGCACAUAUUUCUCCCUCCCAAAAAACUAACCAGUCUUCUUAUCUGUGGACUCCCGCGGUCUUCCUUCGUUGGCUCUCUCUCUCUCUCUCUCUCCUGGUGGUCCUCCUCUAAUAAUUGACAUAAAAUUCUAUUCCGAAAAUUUUAAUAAUCGUUUUACUUCCAAAAAAAAGUCAUUUAUGGUUCUAUAUAAAUCCCUCUGUUUCCCCUGCUUUCUCUACUCGUCAUCAAAUCAAGUGAGUGCCUUUCCGAUAUCUUUAAUUUGCUCGUUCGCCUUUUUCCCUGGUUUCAUUCUGUUUCGAAGUUAUAAAGGAAGGAGAUGCAAGAUCUGAUACCAGGCCUUCCGGACGAGAUAGCGCGCGAUUGCCUCCUCCGAGUCCCCUACGAGGCCUUCCGCACCGUCUGGUCCGUCUGCCGGCUCUGGAAGCAGGAGCUCGAAUCGCCGUCCUUCCACCGCCUCAGGAAAUCCAGCGGCCUUUCUCGCCCACUCGUAGGCUUGGCCCAGGCCGACCCCGCCUUCUCCUCUGGCGGCCCGGCCCAGAAGUACGCCGCCUCCGCGACUCCAUCCUACCGCCUCGUCCUCUUCUCCCCGACAACCGGCACGUGGGUUUCGCUGCCGUCCAUCCCCCUUCUCCCCCACGGCCUCCCGCUAUUCUGCCAGAUAGCGGCGGUCGGCCGGGAACUGGUGGUCGUCGGCGGGUGGGACCCGGACACUUGGGCCGCCUCCGAUACGGUCUACGUCUACAACUUGGAGUCCGCCUCGUGGCGCCGCGGGGCCUGCAUGCCGGCCCCGCGUCGGUCCUUCUUCGCCUGCGCUGCGUCGCCGGACGGGGACCGGAGGGUGUUCGUGGCGGGCGGGCACGACGAGGAGAAGAACGCGCUGAAAUCGGCGAUGGCGUACGACGUGGCGAGGGACGCGUGGGUCCACCUCCCCGACAUGGCGAGGGAGCGAGAUGAGUGCAAGGGGGUCUUCCUGCGUGGCACCUUCCACGUCAUCGGCGGGUACGCCACGGAGGCCCAGGGGCAGUUCGGGAGGAGCACGGAGGCCUUCGACGUCGCCGCGUGGAAGUGGGGCCCCGUGGAGGAGAACGUGCUCGAGGGCUCCACGUGCCCGAGGAUGUGCGUGGCGGGUGGGGACGGGCGACUCUACGCGUGCAGCGCGGCGGGGCAGCUGGCGGUUCGGGAGGACGCGGGGGACUGGCGAGCGGUGGCGGAGGUGCCGGAGGACGCGCGGGUGGCGCCGCAGCUGCUCGCGUGGGACGGGGAGCUGAUGGUGAUGGGUUCCGGCUGCCACGGUGGGGCCCAGGCGUGUUAUAUGUUGAAUCUGAAGGGGAUGACAACGUGGCGCAAGAUGGAGGUGCCGCCGGAAUAUUCGGGCCACGUUCCGGCUGGCUGUUGUCUCGAGAUCUAAUGGGAGAAAGCCAAAAAAAAAAAAAAGAAAAGAAAAGGUAAAGACUAGAAGGGUCGGUUUGUCAAGUAAGGUGCUUUCAAAUUUGGAUGUGUCUUUUUCUUUUUGUGCUUGUACAUGGUAAUCACUGAGGAUACGGCUUUCAGGUUAUGGAUGGGUCCAUCGUCAUGGUGUUUGGACUUCUGUACACAGAGUUUGUAUUUAUAAGGGAAAGUUUCCACGUAUUUCUAGGUAAAAUAGGUGAUCCAUCAUCCAUGUAAAUACUCGAUUUCUAGGACGAUGGUUUUCUUUUUCUUUUU